UGCGCACUAGUUUAUUUUUUGACAUAAAAUAUGAGUCGUUUGCGUGUUUAUAGAUCGGCACUCCUUCGCCGAGUCUCUGCUAGUGUUGUAUCUACUUUGAUAUUGCUUCAGUGUGUAUCAUCAGCAGUGGGGUCGGAUGACAGCCCAUGGUUCCAGGAUCUGUGCAAGGGAGCUCUCCUUGCAGAAAGUCUCGCCUGCUGUGCUCGAUUUCAACAGCUCGAAGAAAUGCGACGGCAAGAGCAGCAACAUUCAGAGCAGCAUCACCUUUCACUGCGGCAAAACAAUGGGCACACCAGAGUUCGUCACCGUCUCUGAGUGUGUGCAUUACUUUGAAUGGAGGACGUAUGCUGCCUGCAGAAGAGUUAAAUUCAAACCACAUAAAGAGGUCCCCUGCUAUGUCUUUGACACGGAUGGAAAGAAACACGACCUGAACCCACUGAUUAAACUCACGGAUGGUUACCUGGUCGAUGACCCAGAUGACGACAUUGAUUUCUACAUUAAUAUAUGCAGAAAUCUAAACCGAGCCGGAAGUCUCUGUCCAGAGGGAUCUGCUGCUUGUCUCACCUCCGGCAAAGGUUCCUUUGACAUGGGUCAGCCCGUCAACCAGCUCGAGCGGCUCUCCAAUGACAAACUAAGGCUACGGUAUGAAAAUGUUAAAGAAAGCCCAGAAUUCUGUGAUGGUCACAGUCCAGCAGUGACAAUUACAUUCAUUUGUCCAUCUAAAAGACAAGUGGGCAGUAUCCCAAAGAUGAUAAGCAACUCAAACUGUCGUUAUGAGAUCGAGUGGGUGACUGAGUACGCCUGCCACAGAGACUACCUUGAGAGUCACGAGUGCAAACUGACCAGUGCUCAGCAUGACAUCGCCAUUGACCUCACUCACCUGACCCGUGGAAUUGCAGAAGGAGCAUACAUGACUGAGGCUAAAAAUGGCAAUGACACCUAUAUGUUUUAUAUGAAUGUGUGCGGGGAGACCAAGGCUGGUGGCUGUGAUGAUGGCAAGGGUUCCGUAUCCGCCUGCCAAGUCAAAGACAAAAGCAAUGUGAAGAAGAUUGCCGGCAGAUUCCAGAACCAAACACUGAGGUAUUCUGAUGGGGAUCUCACACUGAUCUACCCAGACGGCAGCAGAUGCAGUACUGGAUUUCAGCGCAUGACCAUCAUUAACUUUGAGUGCAACUCAAACGCUGGUAAUGGCGAGCCGGUGUUCACAGGAGAGUCUGACUGCACAUAUUACUUUGACUGGGAAACAGCAUAUGCGUGUAUUAAAGACAAGGAAGAUCUGCUGUGUCGAGUCACAGACCACAAAAAGCGCUAUGACCUCUCACCCCUAACACGCUUCCCAGAAUCUAAUGGAUCUCAAAACUGGGAGGCUGUGGACGCCAAGGCAAAAGAGUCUGAUAAGAAGAGAAUUUACAUCAACGUUUGUCAUAAAAUUAUCCAGAAGGGGACAGCCAGCUCUUGCCCGGAGGAUGCAGCAGUAUGUGCAGUGGCAAAUGAAAAAACAAUGAGUUUGGGAAAAUUCCUCUCUUCUCCACAAAAAGCAUCUGAAGGUGAUGACAUCCGACUCAUAUACACAGAUGGAGAGGUAUGCCGGGGGAAGAUGAAGGUUCAGACCAUCAUCACUCUAAAGUGUAAGCCUGGAGACAUUGAGAGCGCUCCGAUCUUGAGGAGCACGUCCAGUGACGGCUGCAUAUAUGAGUUUGAAUGGCUCACCGCUUUUGCAUGUGUCCUCUCCAAAACUGAAGGGGACGACUGCAAGGUUGAAGACUCUCAAGCAGGGGUUUCAUUUGAUCUGUCCCCCUUACGGAAACCUAACGGAGGCUACUAUAACUUGUCCAGUGGAAAUUAUGAUUACUUCAUUAAUGUAUGUGGCAACAUUAAUGCCGCAAAGUGUCCAGAGACUGCAGGGGCCUGUCAAGUUCACCAGAGGCAAGAUGAGGACGAGCACACUUACAACUUCAAGUGGUACACAUCCUACGCCUGUCCAGAGAGACCACAUGAAUGUGUCGUGACGGAUCCCAAGACUCUGCAACAGUAUGACCUGUCCAGUUUGUCUAUAUAUAAUGGUGGCCGGAACUGGCAGUCCAUGCAGACCUCUGACCCCAGCAGCCCCAAGAAGUACUACAUAAAUGUGUGCCGGCCACUCAAACCCGUGCCUGGCUGUGACCGGCGAGCUUCAGUCUGUGAGAUGAAAUUUGAGACUGACAAGGAAGGACUGUCUGAGAAGGUGGAGGUUAGUAACUUGGGCAUUGCGAAGAAAGCCCCAGUAAUAGAGGAGGAGGGACAGCUCAUGUUGGAGUACACAGGUGGGUCGGUGUGUGAAGCAGAUGGAGAGAUGACCACAUACGCAACACGCAUCCACUUUGUAUGCUCCGCAAGGACAGGGCCAUCUGGCCCUCGCUUUUUGGGGAAGCAUAAAUGUAUCAUCGAAUUUGUUUGGGACACAGAAGCAGCCUGUGCCAUCUCAACUGUUGUAGACACCAACCAGACCUGCACAGUGAAACAUCCCAGUACCGGCUUCGAAUUCAACCUGAAGCCACUGGCCUCUGAAAAGGGAUACCGCGUCAGUGCUCAUGGAAAAGACUUUGUCGUGAAUAUUUGUGAUGCUGUAAAAGACUGUGGAAGUGUUGAUGGGAAAGCUAUGACCGGCUGUGAGCUGGAAAAUGGUAAACCUGUGAGUCAGGUCGGAGUGGAACGCUCUCUCCAGUUCUCAACAGAUGGCUCUCUUACUCUAACAUACAAAGGAGCAGUGGAUAUACCGACAGGCACUGAAAACACCUUCAUCAUUAAUUUUGUGUGUGAUCAAAAUGCCGUCACACCCUCCCUGAAGUUUAGUCAAGAAGAACUGGGCACGAGUACCCAUGUAACCCACAGCGUGUUCUUUGAGCUGUCCACCGCACUAGCCUGUGAGCCCGCCCCUGUGGAUUGCCAAGUCUCUGAUUUACAAGGUAGAGAGUAUGACUUGGGUGACCUCAGCCUGGACGGUAAAUACUACGUUCCUCUGGACACCUCGGAUCAGGCCCAGUCUCAGAAGUUUUACAUCAACGUGUGCAAACCGCUGCCUCACGUCCAGGGCUGCCCUGCUGGUGCCAUAGGAGCAUGUGGCCAGAUCAGUGGCAGAGGGCUGAACCUGGGAUACGUGCAGUCUAGUCUGCAGACCGCGGCGGAUGGCUCAAUCAGUAUUGUAUAUCUGAAUGGGGACAAGUGUGGCACAGGGCAUUACUCCACCCGAAUCAUCUUCCAGUGUGACGACAGUCCUGGUGCACCCAUGUUUGAUCGCAAAGACGGCUGUGAAUACGUUUUCAUCUGGAGAACCUCAGAAGCCUGUCCAAUCAAAAGAGUGCAGGGUGAAAAUUGUAAAGUCAAGGAUCCCAAGAGUGGCUAUGAGUAUAAUCUUUCCCCAUUGUCUGGAAAGGACUAUGAAGUGAAGGGUUUGCAUUAUGAGUAUCACUUUGCAGUGUGCGGACCAAUUACAACUUCAGUCUGCCCUCACGGUCCCAGCAAACUGGUUUCCUCCUGUCAGGUAGAGGACCAAAGUCACAGGAUUGCAGGGAUAGCCAAUCAAAACCUCACGUUUGAUGACGGGAUUAUCAUGAUCAACUACACACACGGAGAAACCUGUCACAAGAUCUAUGAGCGAUCCACGGCCAUUCUCUUCUCCUGUGACCACAGCAAGAAUCCUGGUAAGCCAGAAUUUAUUCAGGAGACCGCCGACUGCACGUAUCUGUUUGAAUGGCACACAGUUUUGGCUUGCCCUUCGUUCAAAACCACAACCUGUUCCUACAAUGACGGAAAUGGCCACUCCUAUGAUCUUUCCUCAUUAGCCUUGCACAAAUCGAAUUGGAUGGUCGUGCCAGAAACAGCCAAUCAGAACCAGCGGUACUACAUUAAUGUCUGCAAGUCUCUGGUGCCUCAAACCGGUUUGUGGAGCUGCCCAUCCAGCGCUGCUGCUUGUUUGAAGGAUGGAGAUGAGUAUGUGAGUCUGGGGGAGGCAGAGACCGGUCCAAAGUGGGAUAAAAACAUCCUGAUCCUGAAGUACACAAAUGGACAGGCCUGUCUUGAUGGCAAGAGAAACAGAAGUACCAUCAUCCGCUUCAGCUGCGACCCUGAUAAAGUGGACUCUGAGCCCACUCUUAUCACGGCGAUAGAGAACUGUGUCUAUAGCUUUGUGUGGUUCACUUCUGCAGCCUGUCCCCUCAACAGCACUGAACACGGCGACUGCAAAGUUACAAAUCCAGCUACAGGUCAUCUUUUUGAUCUGAACGUCCUCAGUCGGGCUGGAGGAUAUAUGGCCUAUGAUCCAGUGGACCAUAGAAAGAUGUUCAGACUGAAUGUGUGUGGAGAAAUAGCCAACGCUGGAUGUGUCCCAGGAACAGGAGUGUGCAUCAAGAACGCUCAGACGGCCAUCAGUGGUGGAACAGCUACAAGAAAGCUGGUCUAUAAGGACCAGGUGGUGGAGCUCACCUAUGAGGGCGGAGACGCAUGUGCCGCAAACCCCUCCCUCAAACACAAGAGCAUUUUCAGCUUUGUCUGCAAGUCUGAGGGAGGAGGUACAGAUGAACCAGUGUUGGUGUACUCUGAUGAAACCAAAUGCACUCAUUUCUUCUCCUGGCACACCCCUUUGGUCUGCGAAAAACUGGUUAAGUGCUCUGUUUGGAAUGGCACCAAACAGAUUGACCUGGGUCCUCUGAUCCAUCUCACCGGUUACUAUACAGCUAUAGAUGAGGAUGUGGACAAGGAAAAGUCUCCUGACUUCUAUAUCAACAUCUGCCAACCCCUUAACCCCAUCCCAGGGGUCAACUGCCCUCCAGGUGCCGCCGUGUGCAUGGAACCCGUUGAUGGGGACCCGAUUGACAUCGGACGUAUCACCUCACCUCCGCGGUAUAACUUGGACACUAAAGAGGUGGAGAUCACCUUCGACAGCACAACUGUCUGCCCCUCCAAUUACACUUCCAACUACACCUCCAAGAUCAUCUUUACUUGCCAGAAAGGCGCAGACCUGGGUUCUCCUCAGAUGAUCCGGGCACAGGACUGCAUGUAUAUGUUUGAGUGGGCGACUCCUGUAGUGUGUCCAGAGACCAUUAUAUCACAGGGCUGCAACCUAACCGUUUCCCAGCUGCGCUACACCUUUGACCUCUCAGUGCUGUCAGGGGUCGUUCAGGUUCCUGGAAGCUCUGGCUCCUAUAAGAUCAAUGUGUGUGGCACUGUGACGGAUGCCACAUGUAAAGACAGUGCUGUAUGUCUGAUUUCCACUGGCUCAUCAGCUUCAUACGGGAACAGCAGAAUUAUGAACCUUGACUACAGGAGAGAGGAGCGGACUGUGAUCACGCAGUAUAGUGGAGGAGACACCUGCCCUCCAGUGACAGAUAAAGCUGAAGUGUGCACUUUCCCCUUUAACUUCUUGAGAAAGUCUUAUACUGAUUGCACAACUGAAGGCAGGACUGAUGGCAGGAAAUGGUGUGCCACUACAAGCGAUUACGACAAAGAUAAGAAAUGGGGCUUCUGCUCUAAUGCUCAAAGAGGGAAAAGGCAGUCGUCCAUUUUGUUCUCAUGUGACCGAACAGCUGGUCGCGGGAGACCUCAACUAAUGAGCGAAUUCCAAGGUUGCUCUGCCAUCUUCCAGUGGCGAACAAACAUGGUGUGCCCACCCAAAAAGAUGGAGUGCAAGCUGGCAGGCCGACACCAGACAUAUGACCUGCGCACUCUCUCCUCUCUCACACUGCCCUGGCAAUUCAGCCAUAAUCAAGAUUUGUACUACUUUAAUCUUUGCCAGGCGAUCCAUGGAGGCCUGACAAGAUGCCCAGAGGAAGCCGCCGUAUGUCGCAGACAUGCCAGUGGGAAAACUGAGACUCUCGGCCGUGUGCACACGCAGACCAUGGAGUUAAUCGAUGGAAAGAUCCUGGUCAAUUAUUCCAUGGGCGACGAUGUGUGCAAAAACCAACGGUCAGCCAAAACUAUCAUACAGCUGACGUGUGGAAGCACAGUGGGGCAUCCGAAAUUACUGCGGGAGGAUAAAGCAGCAUGUGAGUUUUGGGUGGAGUGGGAGACUCGAUCUGCAUGUGCUGUGAAACAGGAGGAAGUGGAGAUGGUCAAUGGAACCAUCAAAGUACCAGAGACAGGAGCCACUGUUAGUUUGGGAGCGCUUUAUUACCGUUUCCACAAUGCAACAGGAGAUAUCCGUCCUAAUGGAGACCGUUAUAUUUACCACAUCCAGCUGUCAGGCAUCACUGACAGCUCCAUAACUAAGUGCCUGGGCGCCAAUAUCUGUCAGGUCAAGAUUAAUGACAGUUACCGCAGAAAAAUCGGCUCCUCCAGCAAAGCCAAGUACUAUAUCAAAGGUGCAAACCUUGACGUACUGGUUCCAUCUGAAUCGGUAUGUGGGCGUGACAAAACCAAAACAGUGUCCUCGACCAUCCUGUUCCACUGCAGCACCACGGCAGGAGAGGGCAUACCAGAAUUCCUGCUGGAGACGGAUGGCUGCCAAUAUCUGUUUGUAUGGCACACCUCUGCCAUCUGUAACUUUUUUUCGACCAGCAUUAUGGACCAGAGGGAGGAGCAGUCUGGCUUGUCUGGGCGGAGUCAAGCUUUAGGGGUGGUGCUUAGUCUGCUGCUGAUUGUGCUCUCAAUCUGUUUGCUUGUUCUGCUGCUUCACAAACGAGACAGGAGGUAAAAGAAAAUCAACUUCUACAGAUAUUGUGCCCAUUGCAGCUGCAUUAAAGGUGCACCAAGUAAAUAUUUAAAUUUUUUCACAAGCCGAAGUAACAGUGGUCUUGAAUUUAAUACUGCCGUUAAGGCAGAAAACACGCAAAACAUUUUGGUUACCAGUACCAUUGUAGAAAUGUCAUAUUCGCAGGCAGAUAAAGGCAGGAGUAUUCAGCCGGUUAUGUGACCUUAAAAUUGUCAAUGAGUAAAAUGAAUCCACUUUUAUUAGGCUACUGAUUUUUCUGUAAUUUAAAUGCAGUGUUGUGAGAGAACUUUAAAUAUUACAAACAUUUGUCAAAAGUACUAUUUCUUUAGGUAAAACAUUUUUGAUUUUUGGAAUUCCUUCUGCAGAUAAACUGCUGGUCGGACUGUUUAGACUGAAACACAUUUUCCAAAAUCAGAUGUAAAGACAUAUAAAUGUGGUUUGGAUCAGGAUUGUAAGAAUUGUAUUUCAUGUGGGUUUAUUUAUUUAUUUUUUUUUAAAUGUUUCUGUUUAGACUAAAAAAGCAAAACCGAUUUCCAGAUAUGGCAAAAAAAAAAUAUAUAUUUUUGGUCUGAACUCGAUUUUAAGAUGAAAGACUGAUCGUCUGUUUAGGCAUGUAAAAAGCCAUAUGUCUGCUUAGAACCGUACAGUUGAGCUCACAAAAAAAAAAAAAAAAAAAACCUUUACAAGGCAAUUUAUUUUUGAGAGAUGCAUACAUUUGCUCAACCAUGUUGCAAGAGUUGUAGUCAGCGGGCAUCUAAGGUUGCCAGGUUUCCAGAAAUGAUUUGCCAAAAUGUUCUUCUCACGUGGGCAGUUGAGGUACAACUGUACAUCGGUUCUGUUUGACAGCAUGAAGUAUUUUUUUCUCUCUCUCUGGCUCAACAUACAGUACAUUGAAGUAGUUUGUUGUCUUAUCAAUUCUGAAAAUGUAUUUCACACCUAUAUGGUCGCCAAAUAAACCCACAACAGUUCUGUAUGUUUGUCUGUAACUCGCUUCACCUGAGAAGGCACUUUCAAGCUGAGGUUCAGUACAGCAGACCUGUGUCAUUAAAAAAGCUUGUUUAGUACUUUGCACUUUGGUGGAUGUUUUUGUUCUGUCCUUUAGGGCAGAAGGUGGACAGUGGGCUUGACUGCUAUUGGUCAUUAUAGGUUUUCCCAUUUGCUUAUUGAAAAUGUCUGAAUCUGCUGUAUUGAUUAUCAUAUGGUACAAUUCUCCAAAGUCUUUGAAGAGAAGGUCCCUGGAUCCUUAACUGAUGUAUUUUUUUCUGAUUGAGACUGGCUCUUCUGAGACUAGUAUUUGUCAUGUUUUACUGUGUUUUGUUUGGGUAUUUAAUUUGUUUAUGCUAAGAUAUUAUGAGAUUUUCUAAAUAAAAUGAUCAGCUCCUCA